AUGACUCCUCUGACACCUAAGACCUCAAAGGUCUUAAACAUAAAAGGUUCGCAAAACUCAUCCCAAAAGAAGAAGAAGCAAUCAUCUCUUCUAUCAUUCUUUUCCAAGAAGGAUCCCUCCACAGCAACUCCAAUUAAGAAAAAGCCACCAACUCCAAAGGUGGAACCCACGCCCACCCUGGAAAUUCCAUCAAGUGUUAAGAGUGAAGGCCAAGUUCCAUCUUCAGAAAGUGCAUUGGAUCAGACAUUGGACACAUCUUUUGACGAUGAAUCCUUAUCAAAUAUAGUGAAGAAGGAAAGAUCUAAUAAGAGAUCUGUCAAUUACGCAGAAGAUAGUGAUGAGGAUGACGAUAAUAUUGCCUUAUCCUCUACUCAGAGAAAGAGAACUAAGAUAGUUGCUCAAGAUGACGAUGAUGACGAUGAUGAAGAUUUCAUUCCUGGCAAGACUGUAAAUAACCAUGAUGAAUCCGAUAUUGAUGCAUUCAUUGACGAUGAGGAUGACGAUGAUAUUAUGGACCUAGUGGAGAAGAAACCAAUAAUUAAGAAAUCUCCAACACCCAUGAGAAAAUUGCCCGUACCAAAGCCAAAGAGGACAUCGCAACCGGCAACUCAACCAAAAGCACAGAAAUUUAAUAAACAGAAUGAAGAAAGGUAUCAUUGGCUGGUAAAUGAGAAAGAUGCACAGGGUAGAGCACCCACUGAUCCAGAAUAUGAUCCAAGAACCUUACAUAUUCCAAGUUCUGCGUGGGGAAAAUUUACAGCUUUUGAAAAACAAUAUUGGGAAAUUAAAUCCAAGAUGUGGGAUUGUGUUGUCUUCUUUAAAAAAGGUAAAUUCUAUGAGUUGUAUGAAAAGGAUGCAUUCUUAGCUAACUCGUUGUUUGAUUGGAAAUUGGCAGGCGGUGGUAGAGCUAACAUGCAGUUAGCAGGUGUUCCUGAAAUGUCCUUUGAAUAUUGGGCUUCACAAUUCAUUCAAUACGGUUAUAAAGUUGCUAAAGUGGAUCAAAAGGAAUCCAUGUUAGCCAAGGAAAUGAGAGAAGGUUCCAAAGGUAUCGUUAAAAGAGAAUUGGAAUGUGUCCUUACUUCAGGUACUCUUACUGAUGGGGAUAUGUUACAUUCCGACCUAGCCACAUUUUGCUUAGCCGUAAGAGAAGAACCUAGAGAUUUUUAUAUUGACGAACAAACAACAUUCACAACUGAUUCGACAGGUCCAAGUUCAAUAGGUAAGAAACUAUUUGGUAUUGCAUUCAUUGAUACUUCUACUGGUGAGUUACAACUUUUAGAAUUCGAAGACGAUAGUGAAUGUACCAAAUUAGAUACUAUUAUGUCUCAAGUUAAACCAAAGGAAAUUAUAAUGGAAAAGAAUAACUUAUCCAGUUUAGCAAAUAAGAUUGUGAAAUUUAAUGCAGCUCCAAAUGCUAUAUUCAAUAAUAUUAAACCAGAUCAGGAAUUUUAUAAUUUUGAAAAGACCUAUGAUGAACUAAUCACUGGGAAUUAUUUUGAAGAUGAAUCUAAAUGGCCUGAGACAUUGAAAAACUAUUAUAAAGAAGGUAAGAAAAUCGGAUUUUCGACAUUUGGAGGGUUGCUUUAUUAUUUGAAAUGGUUAAAACUAGAUCAAAAUUUGAUUUCAUUAGGUAACAUCAAGGAAUAUAACCCAAUAGAAUCCCAAAACUCGCUAAUAUUGGAUGGUGUUACUUUGCAAAAUUUGGAAAUAUUUUCCAACUCAUUUGAUGGAACUGAUAAAGGAACUUUAUUCAAACUAUUUAACAGGGCAAUAACACCAAUGGGGAAGAGAAUGAUGAAGAAAUGGCUAAUGCAUCCCUUACUUCAUAAGAAGGAUAUUGAGAAGAGAUUGGAUAGCAUAGAGACACUAAUGAACAACGUUGAAUUAAGAGACACAAUAGAAUCUACCUUUACUAAACUUCCUGAUGUGGAAAGAAUGCUAGCACGUAUUCAUUCUGGUACUUUAAAAGUCAAAGAUUUUGAUAGAGUCAUUCAAGCAUUUGAGGAUAUUGUAACUUUACAAAAUUCUAUAAAGGAUUUUGAUUUAAAGGGUGCACUCUCAGUAUACUUUAGUCAAAUUCCAAAAAGUCUAAUUGACGACGUCGAAAACUGGACCAAUGCAUUCGACCGUAUAAAAGCGGUGGAAGAAAAUAUAAUUAUUCCCCAUAGAGGUAUAGAACCAGAAUUUGAUAAAUCAUUAGAUGAUAUUCAAGAGUUAGAAGAUCAACUACAAGACCAAUUAAAUUUGUAUAAAAAAAGAUUCAAAAAUUCAAACAUUCAAUAUAAGGAUUCUGGUAAAGAGAUAUAUACAAUUGAGGUACCGGUGUCCAUUACAAAGCAGAUUCCAUCUGAUUGGACACAAAUGGCAGCUAAUAAAUCAACCAAACGAUAUUACUCUGAAGAAGUUAGAGUACUUGCUAGGUCCAUGGCGGAGGCAAGAGAGCUCCAUAAGGCAUUAGAAAAUGAAUUGAAGAUUCGAUUAUGUAAGAAAUUCGACGCCCAUUAUAAUACAACAUGGAUGCCAACCGUCCAUGUUAUUUCAAAUAUUGAUUGUUUGUUAGCAUUGACCAGAACAUCAGAGUCAUUGGGCUAUCCUGCAUGUAGGCCAGUAUUACGAGAUGAGGUCAAUCUUGAAACAGGAACGAAAUUAAACGGAUACUUGAAAUUUACCUCUCUAAGACAUCCAUGCUUCAAUUUAGGAAGUUCUUCAACAAAAGAUUUCAUUCCCAAUGAUGUUGAGCUAGGGAAGGAUUCACCACAACUGGGUUUAUUGACAGGUGCUAAUGCUGCAGGUAAGUCCACUGUUCUUAGAAUGACAUGUAUUGCCGUAAUUAUGGCACAAAUGGGGUGUUAUGUUCCAUGUGAAUCGGCAGAAUUGACUUCAUUUGAUAGAAUAAUGACUCGUCUAGGUGCAAAUGAUAACAUUAUGCAAGGUAAGUCUACAUUCUUUGUCGAAUUGUCUGAAACCAAGAAAAUUUUAGACUUAGCAACGAAUAGGUCGUUGUUAGUGUUGGAUGAGUUAGGAAGAGGUGGUUCGUCAAAUGACGGUUUUGCCAUUGCUGAGAGUGUAUUACAUCAUGUCGCCACACAUAUACAAAGUUUAGGCUUUUUUGCUACUCAUUAUGCUUCCCUAGGACUAAGUUUCAAGGGGCAUCCUCAAGUAAAACCUAUGAAAAUGAGCAUCUUAGUGGAUGAUGAAACGCGUAAUGUUACCUUCUUGUACAAAUUGGUCCCUGGUCAAAGUGAAGGUUCGUUUGGUAUGCAUGUUGCAUCAAUGUGUGGUAUCCCAUCAGAAAUUGUUGAUAAUGCACAGGUAGCCGCAGACACUUUAGAACAUACUUCUCGAUUGAUGAAGGAACGUAAAAUGUUAAAUGGAGGCCUUAAUGAGGAUAUUAUUACAGUUCCGAUGGGUUUACAAAGUGAUUUUGUACGUUUGGUUUACGGUGAUGGCCUUAGAAAUACAAGUAAGGGAGCCGGUGAAGGUGUACUAAAUUACGACUGGAACGUUAAACGUAAUGCCCUUAAGAGCAUACUCACAUUUGCAGAGAACCUCUGA